UCUCCCCAUGCUGGUUUAUGGAGCGCUGACACCUCCAACAUGUCUGACUGUGAUGCUUUAGAGGGGCAGACGGCUGCAGAGGAACCUCCUGGUCCCGGUCAUCCCCCCCUGGCAGAGAAGGCCCUGUCGGAGGCCUUUGCUCGGCUGAGGUACCGGGACACGUCUCUGCUGAUUUGGCAGCAGCAGCAGCAGGACCUGCAGGCAGCCCCUCCCUCCACCUACCUGAACCGCAGCCAGUCGGCCUGGUACAGCAGCUUCGGAAACCAGGCCGUGUUAGUCCGGGACAAGAAGGGCCUGGAGGACACAGAAGGGCGGUCCAGGAUCUGCAGCGUCAUGUAGACUGGAACCAGAAACCUUAACAGACUGGUUUGAUUUAAAAACCGAGACUUAUAAACUGAGACUCACAGCGAACUGCAUGCAUUUUUGAGUGGUUUUAAACCUGAUUUUAAAGGCUGGUGCUGCUCCAUUUUAUCCAUUAGUGACCCUUAAAGAUGAAGCCACGUCUGCUUGUUUUAUGUGACUUUUGUGAGCAGUUUAACUCAAAGUGGAUUUUCCCUCAAAUGUUUUCUGAAACUCAUUUUCCCAUUAAGCUUAUUAUCUUGCGAUAUCUUGGAGCGUCGGAAACGACUGGCAUUGUGGGAAAUGUAGGCACUAUAAAGGGAUCUAGACUCAAAUAGUUUGUGACGUAAACAGCAGUGUUACAGUUUGACUACAUAUUCUGGUUUUAACUGCGACAAAUGUUUUUAUUCUUGUGGAUAUGGUUUUACAUGCUGCAUCCAAGACCCACUCGUACACAGGUAUUUUGUAUUUGUAAAUAGGGUUUUUCCUCCUUCAUUCUCAAAAAAAAUCCCAUCCACACAAGCACUGU